ACAACUUGUCAUUGCGCCAUGCAACAAGCCAAGAAAGAAUACGGCCAAAACAAUAAAAUAGCUUACACGCGUCAAAUACCAAUAAAAAAGUUGAAAACUGGAUUUUUGAGUCGACUCGAUAGUGAAGAGGUGUGUGUGUUUCUUCAUAGUGCCAUACAAGAAGAAUCAACGUCUUCAUAAAUGAAUUUACAUUCCUGGCAGACCUUUCCAUAAGAAACGUUGACGUUGUAUAUCGGGCGACAGAUGUUCAUCAUCCAUCCUUAAAAACGUAAACAGUCCUUCAGUCUUAUUUCCGUCGACAUGUUGUUUCGGUUUCGUUCUUUUUACGGCAAAAUUAUUACUUUUGCUUUAGUGGCCCUUGUGUUCUUUCUUUACAUUAAAGUCAUCCAAGUCGACGAGCAGGGGAACAAUAUAGUUUCGAGUUUUGAAAACGUUGCUUCCUUCCGACAGAGUCGCCAUCGACACGGAACCAAAAACAGUGAAUCGAAUGAAAAUGAAAACGAAAUUCAAAGGCCGCCUCCUCCGGCCCACAAACCUGAUAUAGAUACGGGGGAGUCCUAUCUUCCAUAUGAAAGCGAAAUUCUUCGGGACCUUUCCAGACAAGAACCCGGUUUGGGGGACAAUGGUGAAGCUGCUUACCUAGUGGGCGAAGCCAGAAUACGUGGCGAGGAGAUUUACAAAAAAAUCGCUCUCAAUGAAGAACUAAGUGAACAUUUGAGCUACAACCGAACACUGGCCGAUUACCGUCACCCACAGUGCCUAAAACAGCACUACAAUACAGGCGAUCUUACAGCCAGUAUAGUAAUUAUAUUCUUCAAUGAACCCUACUCUGUCCUCCUAAGAACAGUCCAUAGUUCCAUUAAUACGUGUAAUGGAAAUAUGCUGAAGCAGAUUAUUCUAGUGGAUGAUGGCAGCACCAAUGAAGAACUGCACGACAAACUAGAUUACUACAUACGAACGAGAUUUCCCCCAGGAAAGGUGAUAGUGGUGCGUCUGAAAAAUCGUUUGGGUUUAAUUCGCGCUCGUCUAGCUGGAGCACGUGUAGCAACGGGCGAUGUCUUAAUAUUUUUGGAUGCACAUUGUGAAGCCAAUAUUGGUUGGUGUGAGCCGUUGCUGCAUCGCAUUAGGGAGUCUAGGACUAGUGUGCUAGUCCCCAUAAUCGACGUAAUCGAUGCACAAGACUUCAAGUACAACACAAAUGGAUACAAAUCAUUCCAAGUGGGAGGUUUCCAGUGGUCUGGCCAUUUUGAUUGGAUUUCGGUGUCUGAGAAGGAGAGAAGGAGACAACAGCGGGUAUGCAAAGACGUCGACUUGGAUAUCUGUCCCACAUGGAGUCCCACAAUGGCCGGUGGUCUCUUUGCUAUCGAUCGUAGCUAUUUCUGGGAAGUUGGGAGCUACGAUGAACAGAUGGACGGAUGGGGUGGAGAAAAUUUGGAGAUGUCGUUUAGAAUAUGGCAGUGUGGUGGAACUAUAGAGACCAUUCCCUGCUCUAGGGUUGGCCAUAUUUUCCGUGACUUUCAUCCCUACAAAUUCCCCAACAAUCGAGACACGCAUGGCAUUAACACAGCUCGCAUGGCAUUGGUAUGGAUGGAUGACUACAUAAAUAUUUUCUUCCUUAAUCGGCCGGAUUUAAAAUUCCAUCCCGACAUAGGAGACGUUACGCACCGCGUUAUGUUGCGCAAGAAAUUGCGUUGCAAAAGUUUCGAUUGGUAUCUGGAGAAUAUUUACCCGGAGAAAUUUGUGCCCACCAAAAAUGUGAUAGCUUACGGAAGAGUCCGUUCGCUCCAUGAAAAUAUAUGUCUGGAUGAUUUGCAGCAAAACAACGAAAAACCUUACAAUUUAGGGGUUUACAGCUGCAGCAAGGACAUUUCCAAGACACAGUUCUUCUCCCUUACCAAGAGCAAAGUACUGCGCAAUGAGUUGAGCUGUGCCACUGUGCAACACAGUGACUUGCCACCAUUCCAGAUAGUUAUGACAAGUUGCUUCGAAAACGACGAUCACAAUGAAAAGUGGCAAUAUCUAGGCAAUCGCCUGAGACAUAUCCUCACCGGUUUAUGUUUGGAUCAUCGCGGUUUGCAUCAAGGCGACUACAUUCAAGUCGCCCCUUGCGAUCCCUACAGCAGAACUCAAAGUUGGACGAUCGACCAUGGCGACGAUUCCUAUCUUCCCUAGCUGAAUUUUUAGGGAGCGGCCCUUGAGCUCUAAAUGCGAUACAUUGUAAAUACAAAAUUCCUAUCCUCAUAUCUCACUUAACUAUUUUUGAUAUGAAAGGCGUGUACAUCUUGCGCAGUCUUAAGAUGUGCACAUUAUUCUUAAUAAUCGCUUGUGUCCUUUUGCACUUUAAUUGUAAAUAGUUUAUUGUAAUAAGUAUAGAAAUCUCCAAUUAUUUACAUGCACCCAAGCAUGUAUCGAAAUGUAUCCUGCAAUUGAACAAAUCCAAGCACCUUUGAAACGAAGAAGAAUUGCUUGUGAACUUUUGUUGUCAUUUCCAUAGCUAAUUGUCCGAGUUUUUAUAUAUAUAUCUGAUGUAUAGAUGCGGUACAAUCACCCUUAUCGACGCGACAUUACCUUCUAUUAUCAUAAAUAGUGGUAUAACGAAAACGACAGCCAGUUUUAAGAUAUUCAGGGCAAUCACAAAUAUUCUCGAGGAAUUUUUCCUUGUGGAAAAUUAUUUUAAAGUUCAUUCUUUUAAAUGGAAAACAUAGGAAAAAUCCUUUACUAACCCGAUACACACAUUUUAUUGACAUUUACACUCUUCACUUUAGUUUCGAAAAAAAAAUGUUCCAAAUCCGAGCGGGAUUUUUAUUCAUGAUUGAAAUUAUUGUCGUUCUAGGGGCUAACAAAUAUCAUUCCUCACGCAUCACAGAUCACCUAUUUUAUUAUCAACACGACUGAUUUGUAACAAGAGACAAACUCCUUAUUAAGUCUUAAUCAGGUAAUAUUUAAUAAAUCUCUGAACCGAAUAAUUCCCCUAACCAUUGCUGAGUUAAAAUGAAUGCAAAUUGGUAUAAAAUUACUUCCUAUAUUAGUCACUAGGUAGAAUUUUUAAAUUAAAAUUAAAACUAGAAAUAUUAUACAAAUAGGAAAAGCAAAGAAUAUUUUUGUAAGCCUACACUAUGCUGACAUACAUAUACUCAGACAUGUAUGCUACAUACACAGUCUAUAUAUAGUACAUUAAAUAGCUUCGCUUUAUGGUGCAAGUACUGAAUAUUUAGUAUUUCGGUCAAUUUUGGAUUUUUAUCCAUUACUAUUGUAAAAAACAAAAAAUAAA